AUGGUCAUUCGUUACAUAAAUCCUCCUAAGAUCUGUAAUGGCACUAAAUUGAUCGUUACAAACCUAAAGAAGAAUAUUACUGUGGGGAAUAUCUUAGGAGGCGUAUGUGACGGCGAGCAAGUGAUCAUGCCAAGAGUCACACUCAUAUCUACAGAUACACCAGUAAACUUCAAAAGAAAGCAAUUUCCAGUUAAACUGAGCUUUGCAAUGGCUAUAAACAAGUCACAGGGCAGACGUUCGAUAGAUGUGGAUUGUUCAGAUGUGAACCUAGAGACAACACCGACAACACCUGGCUUCUCUGAAGGAGAGAUGGAACACGGAACAAUCACUAUUCCUGAAAACGUCUUCAAACUAGCAGAAGAAGAGGCAAUCAAAAUGAUUUUACCGGACUACGAACCCGACUUCGUGUCAACCAAUACUAGAGAUUCACUGGAGGAACUUAAAGAUGACAUUUUGGACACUCGGCGAAGCCCUAAGAGCGCGAAGCGCCCGCGAGCAAAGCGAGCAAGCGCCGUAGGUCAACGCCAGGUUGCUUGA